AUGAAGCCAAGUAGUUCCAUAUUUAUCUUAUUUGUUAUUGCGAGUGUCAUAUCAAAUUCAAUAUCUAAUACUGAUAAAUGUUCUGGUCGAUGGCAAGUUAAUGAUAAGUUAAAUAUUAAAUUUACAUUAGAUUGGCAAAUUCUUCCAGAGAUAAAUCUAGCAGUCAUAGAAUUUCGAACAAAUCUUGUUGCAAAAGGUUUUUGGUAUGCUUUUGGAUUUUCAUCUUCUCUAGAUAAACAAAUAAUCGGACUUGUUUAUGCUCUUCGAUGGAGUGAAAAUGAUACCGAACCUUUUUGGGAUAUCUAUAACGUGACAGAAUCAAAUGUUAUUAUUAUAAAAGAAAAUGAUACAUCUUUAGUUACAUUUCAACGUUCAUUAUCAUCGGGUUUAUUAACUGUACGACCAAAAAUUGAUUUAACUUCAUUUAUUGUUGAACAACAAUGUUUAUAUUUUGUUUACAUGCGAGGACUUUUUUCUGGUGAUAUACCGUUACUACCAGAUGAAAUUCUUUUCAAUCGAUCUUUAUGUCUUACAUGUCAACGACUUGAAUCGAUAUCAACAAAUAGUAAUCCAACUAUAGAAGAUAUGGCAACUGAUCUGACAAUAAUUCAGCAUACAACAAUUGAAUCUGAUUAUGAUUAUACAACUGAGAAUUUAAGAUUGUUCGAUGAAAAUAUUUCAACAUCGACUUUUUUUCAAUCGCCACUAUCUAAUUCUAGAACAGAAUAUAAAUUCUUCUGGUUCGGUCGAAUUCUCGAUCGUUUAUGGUCAAACGAUUAUUUUAAUCUUACUUCUCUUUUAAGUCAAAAUUUACGUUUAGAUCUACAAAAUCUGUUCUUGUUUUUAAUCAAUCAUAAUACAUCAUACUCUUUUCUUUGUAAUCAAUUCGAAGUGUAUGCACUACAAUCUGGUUCCAUACUUUUUGCAAGUAACAUAACUCUUAUGUCAAGUCUAUCCGAAAAUCAAACCAUAGAUACGAUUGAAAAACUAAUAAAAACAGUUAACAAUACGAAAAAUUUUAACCUUAAUUUUGAUCGAACAGCACAUCAUAUAAAACGAGUUAAUGACAUAUUAGAAAUUGAUGUUUUAUUCGAGAGAUUUUCUCGGCCAGUCAAUAGUGAUCUUUUAAAACAAGCAAAAAUUGAUUCGACAUUACAUUUACUUCUUGGUUGUAUUAUUAGCAUAAGUUGUUUUAUAAUAUUUAUAACAACUAUUCUAUGUCUCUAUGGUUAUUAUAAAUGUCGACGACAAGAAUUUCGUCUUUUUACUGAACGACAGACAUUAAAAUUCAAACAUGAUACCAAUUCGUAUACAUGGUUAGGACAACAACCAUCAAUCAGUUCUUCGUCUCCAUAUCUGAUACAGUCAACUUCUAUUUGA